AUGAAUGUUCAGACUUUGAGCCUUGAGCCGUUCCAGGACCAGAAGCCAGGAACAUCCGGUUUGCGAAAAAAAGUUGUUGUGUUUCAGAAACCCCAUUAUUCUGAAUCAUUCAUCACUAGUAUCCUUCUUGCAAUACCAGAGGGAGCUAAAGAUAGCACACUGGUCAUCGGCGGUGAUGGACGAUAUUGGAAUCCUGAAGUCGUACAAUUGAUUGCAAAAAUUGGAGUUGCAUACGGCGUCAAGAAGCUUCUUAUCGGUCAAGGUGGUAUCCUAAGUACACCAGCAGCAAGUCAUAUCAUCAGGAAGCGAAAGGCAACGGGGGGGAUCCUUCUAACCGCUAGCCACAAUGCCGGUGGUCCUAAGAAUGAUUUCGGUAUCAAGUAUAACCUUGCCAAUGGUGCACCAGCUCCUGAAUCGCUCACCAACAAUAUUUUCAACAUCUCAAAAACCCUGACUAGUUAUAAGAUUGCAGACAUACCAGAUAUUGAUAUUGCCACUAUUGGGUCAAAAUAUUAUAGCUCCCUGGAGGUCGAGAUCAUCGAUCCAACAGCAGACUACGUUGAGAUGUUGAAAGGGAUCUUUAACUUCAAUCUUAUUAGGACUUUCUUCUGUCAUCAGCCCACCUUCAAGAUCCGGUUCGAUGCUCUACAUGGAGUCACUGGUCCGUACGGAAAAGCGAUAUUCGAACAGGAGCUUGGACUUCCCAGCUCAAGUGUGCAAAAUUGUAUUCCGUCUCCAGAUUUCAAUGGAGGUCAUCCUGAUCCGAAUCUAACUUACGCACGAUCUUUAGUUGAAGCUGUAGAUCGGGAAAAUAUUCCAUUCGGAGCCGCCAGCGAUGGGGAUGGAGACCGGAACAUGAUAUACGGAGCAAAUUCUUUUGUUUCGCCCGGAGACAGUCUCGCUAUAAUUGCUCAUCAUGCACACCGGAUCCCAUACUUUAGAGACAAUGGCAUAUAUGGCCUCGCACGCUCUAUGCCCACAUCUGGUGCUGUUGAUUUGGUUGCCAAGAGACUAGGAGUGGGCUGUUACGAAGUGCCCACCGGCUGGAAGUUCUUUUGUGCGCUCUUUGACGCAAAUAAAUUAUCCAUCUGCGGCGAGGAAUCGUUUGGAACAAGCAGCAAUCAUAUUCGUGAAAAAGAUGGCCUUUGGGCCGUAAUGGCCUGGUUGAAUAUAAUUGCCAGCUUAGGUAUGGAAACCCCUGAUGUAAUGCCAAGUAUCGCCCAAAUCCAGCAAGAUUUCUGGGAUAUAUUUGGACGUACUUUUUUUACUCGAUACGAUUACGAAAACGUAACAAGUGAAGAUGCUGCAAAGGUUGUCAAAGAUCUUGAGGAUAAAAUUCAAGAUAAGUCUUUCGUCGGUUCAAAGAUAGGAGAGCUCACUAUAACUGAUGCGGGUGAUUUUUCCUAUACUGAUCUUGAUGGAACGACUUCUUCCAAACAGGGUUUAUUCAUCAGAUUUUCUGAUGGAACUCGCACCAUUGUACGUCUCUCUGGAACGGGCUCUUCAGGCGCCACUAUUCGUCUCUACAUUGAGAAGCAUACAAGCGACCCAAGCACGUAUGGUUUAAGUGCACAAGAAUAUCUGAAACCAGAAAUAAACCUUUCAACCAACCUACUACAACUCAAAAAGUAUAUUGGACGUGAAGAGCCAGAUGUAAAGACAUAA